CCUGAUUUUUACCAUAUUUUUUUUCGCACACGUGGAGGAGCGCGUGGAUUUCCUACCAUGAUCUUGGCAAACGCCUUCUGCAUCGUCCUCUUCCUAGGAGAGGAAUUUUAUGAAGCCUCCCCGUACGAGCCGGCCACCUCUCGUCUCUCUGAUAUAUUCAGGCUCGCUUCAAUUUUCUCAGGAAUGGACCCGGCCACCGCCUCCAAGAGCAACCACUGCCUGGACGCGGCCAAGGCCUGCAACCUCAACGACAACUGCAAGCGCCUGCGCUCGGCCUACAUCUCCACCUGCAACCGGGAGCUGUCGGCCGCCGAGCCCUGCAGCCGCCGCAAGUGCCACAAGGCCCUGCGCCAGUUCUUCGACCGCGUGCCCGGCGAGUUCACCUUCCGCCUGCUCUUCUGCUCCUGCAAGGACACGGCGUGCGCCGAGCGCCGCCGCCAGACCAUCGUCCCCUCCUGCUCCUACGAGGACAAGGACAGGCCCAACUGCCUGGACCUGCGCGGCGCCUGCCGGGCCGACCACCUGUGCAGAUCCCGGCUGGCCGAUUUCCACACCAACUGCCAGGCCACCUUCCAGUCCCCGACCAGCUGUCCCGGGGACAACUUCCAGGCGUGCCUGGGCUCCUACGCCGGGCUCAUCGGCUUUGACAUCACCCCCAACUACGUGGACGCCAGCACCACCAGCAUCACCAUCUCGCCCUGGUGCUCCUGCAAAGGCAGCGGGAAUAUGGAGGAGGAGUGCGAGAAAUUCCUGCGGGAUUUCACGGAAAAUCCCUGUCUCCGAAACGCCAUCCAAGCUUUUGGGAACGGCACCGACGUGAACCUGGUUCCCAAAAAUCCCAAUCCCGCCGCGACGGCGUUGCCGAAGGUGGAGAAGAGCGCGGCGCUGCCGGACGAUGCCGACGACGGCAACGCCGCCUACGGCACGAGCCUCAGCAGCACCUGCACCUCCCUCCAGGAUCAAGGCCUGAAUCCCAACAAAUCCAAGGAGCAGAGCUUGUGCUACUCCCAGGCCCAGCUGACCACGGAUGCGAUGCCGGAGCAGAAGACGUUCACGGAUCCCAAGGCGGGAAGUAGCCGGCAGCGGGAGAUCCGGAUCCUGCUCCUCGUUCCCAUCCUGAUCCCGGCGCUGGGGCCAUAGAGGGGCGGGAAGGAGCGGCCGGUGGGACGGGGACGCUCGGACCGGUGCCACCGGUGCCACCAGUGCCACCAGUGCCACCAGCGCCACCAGUGCCACCAGUGCCACCAGCGCCCACCGCUGCCGCGCUUGUGCCGCAGACUGGAACGCUCCCAAAUCCCGGGAAUGCCGAGCUCCGGAGAGGCAGGAGGAGCCUUCACCACGCUGGGAAACCUCGGUGGUUUUCUUCCUACUUUUCAUUUUUCCCGGUUUUUUUGGGGUGGUUUUUAUUUUUUUUUGGUCUUUUCCGGGUUGGUUUUUCCGGAGCGGCUCCUGGGAAAACUCCCUGGGAUGGGCCUGGAAUGGGGGUCUGGAGCUGCCAGCGGUGCCGGGGAGGGGAAAACCAUCGGAGAAAAGCUUUGGAAAGGUGAAUUGCAGGAAUUUUGCUCCGGGGUGGCCACAGGGACAGCGAGGAUUCCGCACGGGAACAUCCCGGAGGACGAAGGCGCCAUCGGGAGCCGCCUGGACGGGACUCCCGCAGCUCUUCCCGUUGGUUUUUGGGGAAUUUUGGUUGGGAUUUUUCCUCGGAGAGUUUCCGAAUGGAAAAGAAAAGAAACUGGUGUGAAACGUG